UUUCUAAAACUAAAGACGUGCUUCCCACUUAGCCGACAAAAUAUAAAAAACGCUAUUUUAAAUCUCUCCCUAGAUUUCAUCUCUCCGCCCUGCUCCGAUCGCAAAACACACACAAUCACACACAGUGAAGGCGAAGAGUGAAGCAACAAUGGCGUCUCCUACAGCAAGGCUCACAUUCCGCAUACUCCUGGCGGCGGCGGCGGUUCUCUUACUUUUCUAUGUCGGCCGCCCUCUCUACUGGAAAAUCUCCGCCACCGUUCACGACAUCCGCCACAACAAACAAACUGUAUCUGGAGGGAUAUCCCAAAUUGUGCAAGAAGCUCAGAGAUCGGUGGGGUGGUACCAUGACGAGUCAGACUCAGGACUGAGUGAGAACAAGAGAUUUUCUUCAGCUAGGAGGUUUCUUCUCGAUCAGGUUCUGUGAAAUUCGAAACGUCCUUGUUCAUGAUUUUUUUUCCCUUUCAAUUUUCGUUUUUAUCCACGAAAAGAGAUACCACGUCAUCGUUUCUGUCGAUAGAGUAAAUGUAUUGAUAUAUAGUUGUUAUUUAAACGGCAUCGUUUAAAUAAAAGUUAUGUAACUCAUACGUAUAUGUGACCGUUUACUGUUAUAGUAUCAUCUGUUUGUUGCUGUUAAAA